CCUGCACCUGACCUCUCUGCACCCCGCCCCUGCAGCCCGGCUGCGGAGGUCGCCGACCCCGCGGUCCCAACUCACGCCUGAGCGCGAGCCCCCUCUGCCAGGCGCACACACGCUCCAGCGCGCGCACACACCUCGGACAUUCCCAUAGUGCCUCACGUGACUCACGGCCCGAACGUGCCCACCCUGCCCACACGCUCACGCACGCGUGCACACACGCGCGCACAUCCACUUUGCCUCCCGGUCACUUUCCAACUCGGGCUCGACCCCAGCUCUGCGCCCGCCGAGGCGCUCAUUGACUGACACACCUACACUCAUUCACAGGCACACACUCCCCCCACAUGCCAGCCACAGACACACACAUUCAUCAACAGGGCCGGCAGGAGUACACACGCACCCCCUCGCUGCCUACACUUUCGGGAGCCCUGAGUCAUGCCUGCCCCCUCCCAGGGCUCCCCAUUUCCUUGUGUGCAGACCGGGAAUUCUCUGCAGUCCUCCUCGCCCGAGCCCCCUGUCCCAGUUGCUCCCUCUGACACUCAGCCAAGGACUUCCUGUAGGUCCCAGGUCAGGGGCCAGGACAGCCUGGAGAAUUGCCACCGCCGUGGAGGAGGGGAGGGCACUUCCUUUUCCUGAACCCUGGGAUCCUGCGGGAGGAAGCAGGCUAGCAGGCUGGUUGGGCGGGGGCUCAGCAGAGGAGGCAGUGGUGAGGCUGGCCCUCCCAGAAGCUGGGGCCGCCAGGGAGGCGCUGGGUUGCCAGAGGCCUGCCUUGAGAAGCCUGGCAGCCAGGUACUGGGGAAGAGAGACCUAGGGUGCAGAGGGGCUAAGGAGUGAGGCCAGGCAGGCAGGUUGGUGGGCUGGGAAGGCAGGCGUCUCCCUCUGCAGGUCUGUCUGGGCUCCCUGAGAACCUUCCUGCCGCUAGCCUGGCUCCCCUCUACUUGUUGCCCCCACCCCCAAGUCUUCAUCUGAUUCCAGGCCCUCUCUUCAAAGGCAGCAGGAGUCUGGGAAGGGGCCCUGGGAGUCCCCACUGAGUUCCAGGCAGGAAGCUUUCAGGCUGCACUUCAGCUGGCCACAGGGCACGCAGGCCAGGCUGAGGGCCGUCAGGGACCAGCUCCAGUGCCCUCUCCAUGGUUGCUCCUGCCCUCCCAGGAGGCCCAGGGUGGGCCCCGGCCCAGACCCUUGCCAUGGAGUCCAUGUUUGAGGACGACAUCAGCAUCCUGACCCAGGAGGCGCUGGGGCCCAGUGAGGUGUGGCUGGACGGCCCUGGAGACCCCUCCCUGGGGGGAGAUAUGUGCUCGGCCUCCCACUUUGCCCUCAUCACGGCCUACGGAGACAUCAAGGAGCGGCUUGGGGGCCUGGAGAGGGAGAACGCCACCCUCCGCCGCCGCCUCAAAGUCUAUGAAAUCAAGUACCCACUGAUCAGUGACUUCGGAGAGGAGCACGGCUUUUCUCUGUAUGAAAUCAAGGAUGGCUCCCUGCUGGAGGUGGAGAAGGUCAGUCUGCAGCAACGACUCAACCAGUUCCAGCAUGAGUUACAGAAGAAUAAAGAGCAGGAAGAACAGCUCGGGGAGAUGAUCCAGGCUUACGAGAAGCUCUGUGUGGAGAAGAGCGACUUGGAGACAGAGCUAGGAGAGAUGCGGGCCCUGGUAGAGACUCACCUGCGGCAGAUCUGUGGUUUGGAGCAGCAACUGCGGCAGCAGCAAGGUCUCCGGGAUGCAGCCUUCCCCAGCCUGAGCCCCCCGCCUGCCCCUGCCCCGUCCUGUGCCGAUCUGGACCUGCAUUACCUUGCACUGAGAGGGGGACCUGGCAUGAGUCAUGCAGGCUGGCCAGGCCCCACGCCGAGUGUGAGUGAGCUGGAGCGGCGGCGCCUAGAAGAGGCUCUGGAGGUUGCCCAGGGGGCAGCAAGAGGGGCUCAGCUCCGGGAGGAGCAGCUUCAGGCAGAGUGUGAGCGCCUGCAGGGCGAGCUGAAGCAGCUACGGGAGACCCGUGCCCAGGAUAUGGCCUCCAACCAGUCGGAGCGGGACAUGGCGUGGGUGAAGAGAGUCGGGGACGAUCAGGUGAAUUUGGCGCUGGCCUACACUGAACUGACUGAGGAGUUGGGCCGGCUUCGGGAGUUGAGUUCCCUGCAGGGAAGGAUCUUGAGGACCCUGUUGCAGGAUCAGGCCCGGAGUGGCGGCCAGAGUCCCCGGGCCCGCCGCAGCUACUCCGAGCUGGCUGAGGCCGCGGCCUACGCGGGUGCCUCCCCGCCCUGGCUGCAGGCCGAGGCGGCCACGCUCCCCAAGCCCCGGGCCUAUGGCGGCGAGCUCUACGGCCCCGGCAGGCCCCUCAGCCCGCGGCGCGCCUUCGAGGGCCUGCGGCUGCGCUUUGAGAAGCAGCCGUCGGAGGAGGACGAGUGGGCCGUGCCCGCCAGCCCGCCCAGCCCGGAGGCGGGCACCAUCCGCUGCGCCUCCUUCUGUGCCGGCUUCCCCAUCCCCGAGUCGCCCGCAGCCACCGCCUACGCCCACGCUGAGCACGCGCAGUCCUGGCCGUCCAUCAACCUGCUGAUGGAGACGGUGGGUUCUGACAUCCGCAGCUGCCCCCUCUGCCAGCUGGGCUUCCCGGUCGGGUACCCGGAUGACGCCCUCAUCAAACACAUCGACUCCCACCUGGAGAACAGCAAGAUCUAAGGCGCCGCCCCCUCCCACUGGCUGUUUCUCCACCCUCUCCCAUCACCUCCACACACUCACUCACUUUGAAUGCUGCAUGAAUCUCGUGGGGGGCCCUGCCCCUUGCGACCCCCAGAUACCUCCACUAGCUACGAGUCAAUGUGCGUGCCAUCUGCCCUGGUCCAGGCACCACUCAGCCCUGGCUCUUCCGGGAAGGUCAGCCUAGGCUCCCCUACCUUCCUGGCUGCCUCUGGGAGGUGGGAAUCUGGGCUGGGAAGGGGAGGGGACUUCCCCUCACGGGCCUCUCCCUCUGCCUUUCUGUUCUUAAACAGGGUUGGAUCCAAGAAGGUGUCUAGUGCUUGGGCCUGGGGGAGGGGGGUGUCAGAGGACUCCAGAAACGCCUCCAGCCCCUCCAAGGUGUCCGUCUUUCCUAGGCUGUGCUCUGUCUGGGAGGCACUUCCCCCCUGGAGCCUGCCCUGCACACUGAUGCCAGGUUCCCCAUCCCAUGGCCAGCUUGGGCUUGGGGCGUGGGCCCCACUGGAGGAAGGAGGCAUUUUGUGUCUUGCCUUCCCCUGCAGGCCAGCCCUGUCCACUCCCUCUACUCACUCUGGGGUGUAGGGGCGGUGAGAGGAGAGAGGGAGAACCCUGGCAGGCUGGGAAGGGUCCAGCCUAAUGGGGCUGCCCGGAGGGGCGCGGUUCCCUGUGCUGUGACCCUCAGGCCAGGGGACUGUGGCAGCCUCCUAGGCCACACCCUCCCAGAGCCCCUGGCACCAAAGCCCAGAUCAUCAAGGCAGAUGCCCCCACAAAUCCCACCUGAGCCCCUGGAGCCAUAGGUGCCCUGGAGCCCAUGUGCGAUUCAGCCUCUGCUGGCCAGGCGGGUGUCAUCAGCCCUUGCCUCCCAGGCCAGAACCUGGAAUGGGCCAGGGUGCUGUGGAGAUCAACUCAAAAGAGCUAACCCCCUUCCCACACCCCACGAACCCACAUUCCCUCUGUGAAAUCUACCUCAGAGUCGUACCCUCAGAAGGACGGGUAAGCAGGAGGCCAGGGGGUCCCCAAGGCUGAGGUGGGGAGCCUCCUAUGGCAAGAGCCUGCCGCCCCACAAUGAAUCCACCCCCUCCACUGCGAGCCUCUCCCAAGGGUCUCAGCCCCAGGGGGUGGCAGUGGACGCUACCGUCAGCGCAUGUCCCGUCUGAUCCAACUCUUCCAGGCCCCCCACCUCCUCACACCCCUCCCCUCCUCAGUGCAGGGGAGUGAAGGGCUGUGUCGGCAGGGAAGGGCCAAGGACCCCAGAGACACAUCAUUGUACCCUGAGCAUUCCCCCAGCAAGGGGGAAGGGGGAGGGGCCCGGAGAGGGGGAGACGGGCCCCUGUGCUCUCUGAACAAGUUGAAAGUCUGAAUAAAACGUACC